UGUGUGUGUGUAUGAGCCACCUGCUGCUGCUGCUGCUUCUGCUGCCUGGGUCACUUGGCUAUAAGAAGAACAACAAAAACUCUAAAGCGAACAUCAUCUGUUCAUACAUCAGCAGUGUUGCUGCUGCUGCUUCAAGCUGCCCCGGUGACAACGGGCAACGGAGGGCAGACUUUGCCCUAGGUUGACGACGGCAGCGAUACAAACGGAAUAACAACAAUAGGACCGGCAGCAGCCUCAACAACAACAACAGCAAAAAUAUGAAUGCCAGCCUCAUAUAUGAGAUACUCAUGUAUUUGAACUCGUUCUAUUUUGGCAUGUACGCCGCCUUCGAGGUGGGCGUGGGCGUGCUAAAGGCAAUCAAUCUGAAUUAUGGCGAAAACAUUCUGUCACGUGAGGCAACGAUUCUGCUAUCGUUGUGCAUCAUCGAAACGCUGCGCAUUGUCUUCGGCCGCAAAAGUAGCCUCAGCGAUCGUGGCUGGCAAGCAACCGCAUCCGUAAUAUUAACACUGCCCAGUCUUGCUAUUGUUAUCUACUUGUGUUGUUUUCAAACUUAUGUUCUUAAACUCGAAAUUAUUCUGAGUGCCUUAAUGAUCACCCUACAAGGUGCUGAGCUAGUUUAUGCCAGCAUAUUCAUUUGUACAAUGUGUCGACCCGUGACAUACACCUAGCAGUUGGUCAACGUUGCCACGUCGAUGUCCAUGGCCAAGCCAACGGCGGCAUUGCUUGAACCUCGAUUGGGACUGGCAGCUGCUGCUGGGUAUGGAGCAGUACGACGACGACAACGCAUCAUUUGGUAUAGUUACGUCAGGCAGUUUACAUUUAAGUUGAGCGAUUUUGGUGUAGGCUAAGCCGCCAAAGCACACGCCCACAAACACACACACUCAGUCAUAUAUACACAGUUAUACACCCGCACACUCUCACACACGCACACAGCCAACGACUUAAAGGAUCUACAACACUUAUCGAAGAGGUCUACGUGGAUGACAAGAUAUUAUAGAU